AGAGAGAGAGAGAGAGAGAGAGAGAGAGAGAGAGAGAGAGAGGAUGAGCGGAGGAAGUAAAGUGGUUUGUGUAACAGGAGCAUCCGGGUUCAUAGCGUCAUGGGUGGUGAAGUUCCUACUGCAAAAGGGUUAUACUGUCAAAGCCACUGUUCGUGACCCAAUUGAUCCAAAGAAAACACAACACUUGCUCUCACUAGAUGGAGCAAAAGAAAGGCUUCAUUUGUUCAAAGCAGAUUUAUUGGAGGAAGGAUCUUUUGACGCUGUCAUUGAUGGAUGCGAAGGAGUUUUUCAUAUGGCGUCACCUGUCCUAAUGUCAGUCACUGACCCACAGGCAGAACUAAUUGACCCUGCUGUGAAGGGAACACUGAAUGUCCUCAGAUCAUGCGCGAAAUUUCCGUCUAUCAAAAGGGUGGUUCUAACAUCCUCCAUUGUAUCAAUUGUAUUUACCGGAAAGCCUCUCUCUGCUGAUACAGUAGUUGAUGAAUCUUGGUUUUCUGAUCCAGCUUUCUGUGAAAAAGCAAAGCUUUGGUAUGCACUUUCAAAAACCUUAGCUGAGGAAGCUGCUUGGAAGUUUGCGAAGGAGAAUGGAAUCGAUUUAGUUGCAUUAAAUCCAGGGAUGGCGAUUGGCCCUCUUUUACAGCCAACUCUGAACUCAAGCUCGGAGCCACUUCUGAAACUCUUUGAUGGAACAGGAAAAUUUCCGAAUGUAACUCACAGAUGGGUUGAUGUUAGAGAUAUUGCUAAUGCACAUAUUGUAGCCUUUGAGAAUCCUUCAGCUAGUGGGAGGUAUUCUAUAGUUGGAAGUGUAGCACACUAUUCUGUGGCUGUUAAAAUUCUGCGUGAUCUCUUCCCUGCUCUCAGUCUUCCGGAAAAAUGUGCAGAUGAUCAACCUUUCGCACCAACUUACCAUAUAUCCAAGGAAAGAGCUGAGACUUUGGGUGUUGUGUGUACUCCUCUGGAGGUGACUUUGAAGGACGCCGUUGAAAGUUUGAAGCAGAAGAACUUCUUCUAAUCAUGGAACUCGUCCAUGUUGAGCAAUUACGUUAAUAAUCAUGACAUAUGUACUUGUAUAUUAUCAUGCCAAUCUGCUCAUAAAUGUUACUGUAGGGAUGCUUUCCGUCAUACUUCAAAGUUUGUGAAAUAAAUGUAAAGUAUUUGGUCUGGAGAAAGUGCUAGCCAUUGUUAUUCGGAGACACUAAAACUCAUUUUACUGAGAAUAUUAUGUUAAACCAAAUAAUUGGUGUCUUUAAGAGCCGUCUUUUCGGCUUGGACUCUCCCA